UUCUUCCCCCAGCACACCACCUGAGCAACCUCCAGAUCACGCUACCCCCCCGGAGAACCGCCGCGAUCCGUCCCGGAAAUGGAGAUCGAUCCCCUCCCCAACGGUACGCCGGCCGCCGCCGCCGCCGCCGUCGCCGCCGCCGCCGCGGCCAACGCGCCGUCGUCGAGGCUGUCGCAGCUGACGGAGUCGCUGAAGCUGGAGCACCAGUUCAUGCGGGUCCCCUUCGAGCACUACAAGAAGUCGAUCCGCGCCAACCACCGCGCCGUCGAGAAGGAGGUCUCCGCCGUCAUCUCCGCCGUCUCCGACGCCGCCGAGGCCUCCGGGGAGGGCGACGCCGUCGAUCGGCUCAGCUCGCUGGUCUCCAGGCUGCAAGGGCUCAAGAGGAAGUUGGAAGAGGGAAGUCGGACAGAGCACUUGCAAGCUCAGAGAUGCCGAGCUCGAUUAGAUCACUUAGAAUCAGCUGACCCGGAGAAUUUAUCUGAGUGGAGCAACACCCGGUUAAAGAGAAUUCUUGUAGAUUACAUGUUGCGGAUGUCUUACUACGAUACUGCUGCAAAGCUUGCAGAGAGUACUAAUAUACAGGAUCUUGUCGAUAUUGAUGUCUUCCUAGAAGCCAAAAAAGUUAUUGACGCUCUCCAAAAUAAGGAGGUUGGUCCUGCCCUUGCUUGGUGCAGUGAAAACAAGUCAAGAUUAAAGAAAUCCAAGAGCAUUUUCGAGUUCCAAUUAAGACUUCAGGAGUUUGUUGAAUUGGUGAGAGCUGAGAACAGCAUGCGAGCUAUUGCCUACGCCAGAAAGUACCUUGCACCAUGGGGAUCUACACAUAUGAAAGAGCUGCAGCGAGUCAUGGCCACAUUAGCAUUCAGGAGCAACACUGAAUGUGCAACCUACAAGGUUUUAUUUGAACCAAAGCAAUGGGAUUUCCUUGUGGAUCAAUUCAGACAGGAAUUCUGCAGAUUAUAUGGAAUGACUUUUGAGCCUUUGCUAAACAUAUAUUUGCAGGCUGGAUUGUCUGCUCUGAAAACUACAUUCUGCACCGAAGAUGGUUGCACAAAGGAAGAUCCGUUAUCCCAGGAAAGUUUCCGAAAACUUGCAAUGCCGUUACCUUUCUCCAAGCAGCAUCACUCGAAGCUUGUUUGUUAUAUAACUAAAGAACUUAUGGACACAGAGAACCCACCUCUAGUCCUACCAAAUGGUCAUGUCUAUAGCACCAAGGCUCUUGAAGAAAUGGCAAAGAAGAACAGUGGUAAAAUCACCUGCCCUAGGACAAAGUAUUGCUGCGAUUAUUCUGAUCUGGUGAAGGCAUACAUAUCUUAAUGUACAUUUGCAACAGAGCUUACGAAUCCAUUGAAAUAACUAUACUGAAGGACUGGACUCUGAAGCUCUGUAAUUUGCCCUUCCUUGGAGAAACUCCUGAAAAGUCGUAUCUAUAUUUCUGGGUAAUCUCCUAUGUACAUAACGCAGAAAGCACCCUUAUCAGUAUCAACACUUCUAUUGAUCCAUAAGUACAAUAACCAGAGUUGUUCUUUCUCUUUUGUCA